CAGGUGUCCCUCACGGUGGACACUGGGGCUACGAAGAUCAAGCUGCCUGGUCCUCUGAGUUCUCACACUGCAGUGGAAAAUCCCAGUCUCCCAUUGACAUUGAUACCAGGAGAGCCCUCUAUGACCGCAGCCUGCCACCCAUAACACUGGAGGGCUAUGAUCUGACAGACAGCUCAGCAUUGACACUGUUGAACAACGGCCAUACCUUGCAGCUUGUCCUGCCCAACACCAUGCGCGUCACCAGUGGGUUUGACAACGAGUUUCGGGCCGCCCAACUGCAUUUCCACUGGGGGACCAAAGAGGUGCCAGGAUCUGAACACACCAUAGAUAACGUCCAUUUCCCUGCAGAGAUCCACAUAGUUCAUUACAACUCUAAAUAUGCAAAUCUGUCCGAGGCAGCCAGCAAAUCAGAUGGCCUGGCUGUAUUAGGGGGCUUCAUCGGGAUUGGUCUUCAUGAGAAUGACAACUAUGAAAAGAUCCUGUCUGCUCUCGCUGAUGUCAGCAUCGAAGAGUCUAACACUGAGAUCCCUGCCUUCAAUGUCCGUCAUCUUUUGCCAAACAAGCUGGAGCGCUUCUACAGAUAUAAUGGCUCCCUUACCACUCCUCCCUGCUUCCAAACAGUCAACUGGACAAUGUUCAAUGAUACCAUCACAGUGUCCAGGAGGCAGUUGGCUGCUCUGGAGGACACCCUGAAAGCAGGCCAACACCAGCACCUGACCAAGAACUUCAGAGCACCCCAGCUUCUAUAUGGGAGACACGUCCUCGCCUCGUUCACAGACACUCCCACCAUAGUCGUCGCAGGACAUCCAAGUAUCUCAAUCAACACCUUGUCGGAGACUGAUGCCUCUAACAGUGAAGGGCCAUCAACUGGGCCAUCCGAGGUCCUGGCAAGAGGAGACAUCUUGGCCAUAGCCUUUGGAGUUCUCUUUGCCGUCACUUUGCUGCUAUUCACGCUCUACGCAUAUCAACAGCGUAAAAAAUACUCGAGUAUCAAAAAGGACUCCAGACAGAACGUUAUCUACAAACCAGCAACUAAAGAAGAGGCAUAGAUGUCACUGGAAAGGAGUCCUAUUCAGAUUCCAUAUUCAAACUAUUUUCAAUAAGAAUUAAAGAGAUUAUCCAGUACUUUUGUAGACUUUUUAGCCAGUAGUUCUGAAAGUAGCUCUCUCAAGCCAAAAGUGGUCCCUGAAAAUUGCGUACUAUAUCAGAUUAUGUGCAGAUACUGUAUGCGCAGCCCGUCAUCGCUCUCUCGCUCGCUCUACUGUGCAUGAUGUGCCUCUUGCUAGCUGUCACUAUUAUGAUGAGGGGUUGAAGCUCAUUAGUUGAAAUCAAACUGGAAAAUGGAGGGAAAAUGGACCAGCACAGCUUCCAGAAAAACAGUCGCUUUCAAGCUAGGGAUUUCAUGGCUAAUUACGGUAAGACAGUCAUUCUGAUAAUAGAUUAUGCAUGUAUGAACUACACAUUGACACAUCCAGCCCAAGGUGGGAUGUUUAAAAAAAGACUUAGUCGUUGCCAAUGUUCCGGAGCCGGUGUCUUUAAAAGAGUUAUGAUAGAGAAUUCAUAUUGCUCAAACCAAGUUUGACAUUUGCUCAGAAUGAUUGUCCUUGUCUUUGUUACUAAUGCAAAGUGGUUUAAGUAUGUAAUAUGUGUCAGUGGAGGCUGCUGGGUUGGAGGAGGACGGCUCAUAAUAAUACCUGGAACGGAGCAAAUGGAAUGGCAUCAAACACAUGGAAACCAUGUGUUUGAUGUUGUUGAUCACUUUCCACCUAUUCUGCUCCAGCCUUUACUACGUGCCUGUCCUCCUAAAUUAAGGUGCCACCAACCUCCUGUGAUGUGUGUAUAUGGUACGUGUAGAAGAAUAGCUGUAGUUACCACCCGAGUAGGAAUGUAUACAAUCUGUUCUAUUUAAUUGUGAUGGAAAAAUGAUAAGAUGUUCAUGAAUACAAUCCACCUGUCGAUGUUCUAACUUCAAUACAAUUGACUUACUGUCGAAGAAAGUCAAAUCACUUUUUCCCAGGGUGUUCACUUCGUUACAAGUACUAGAGCUGCAGAUGAAAGUGUUAUGCUGUAUCGUGUGUGUUGGAUAUCAUGCAGGAAGUGUUUUAUAUGAGUGUUGUAUUGUUAUUACUGUAUAUCCUCUAAUGUAUUCACACUUGUCACUAAUACCGUUAAGUUGUUUUGUAGUUUACCUCUCAACUUCUCCACAAUGGUGUAUACUGAUGUGCAAUUGGACCUUGAAAUGUACAAUAAAUGUGUUAUAUUCUUAUAAA